CACCUGGAUGGUCGGUGCAGCCUGCCAAAAGAAGUUCAAGCCACCACGCGAAGGCAGGACCCUUUUGCGGAGAGUCGAGCCAUACCGAUCAUGGUUAGACUGAGCGGCGGCGAGGGUCAGUGCUUGGCGUCACGCCAGAUGACCAUUGGCUGUAGCACAUUCAAGAUGCGCCCACCGUUGGCAGUGUUUGGAUCGCUGCGGCGCACACUUCCAGCUUUCAAUGCUGCCGAAACAUUUGUGUGUCGCAAGAGCGUACACAACAAGGCACAGACUGGAUACAAAUCUGUUCGCCAGACUCCAUUCUUGAACGCCUUCCGUUCUCGUGCUGCUCCGGCAAGACAGCAAUCAACAACUGCUCCUUCCUCGUCUCCGCUCUCCGAACUGAGCAAGUCAAUUGGUCAAGCCUCGGCUCCCGCAAGAAAUGCAACUGGUCAAACCUCCGCCCCAGCAAGAAAGAGCUCGUUCCCUGAAACCUCGGACAAANAGGUUGGCUACUGGUUGCUGGCCAGUUCUGCAAGUGUCUUUGGUAUCGUCAUCUUUGGUGGUCUCACCAGAUUGACCGAAUCUGNNGUGUGGCGCAGAUUGAGUAUCACCGAAUGGCGUCCUGUUACUGGUUCCCUCCCUCCCAUGAACGCUGAGAAGUGGGAGUCCGAAUUCGCUCUCUACCGUGCUUCGCCCGAGUUCAAGCUCCUCAACCCCCGUAUGACAUUGGAAGAAUUCAAACAAAUCUACUGGAUGGAAUGGAUUCACAGACUGUGGGGUCGCUUCAUUGGCAUUACCUUCCUGCUACCCACUGCCUACUUCAUCGCCCGCCGCCGUGUUUCUGCCGGCAUGGCUCUCAAGCUCACCGGUAUCUGCGGUCUGAUCGGAUUCCAAGGUGUCAUUGGCUGGUGGAUGGUCGCAAGCGGUCUCAAGGAUGAUUUGUUUGCUCCUGGAAGCCACCCUCGUGUCAGUCAGUACCGUCUCACUGCUCAUUUGGGCACUGCCUUCAUCUGCUACCUCGCCAUGUUCUGGAACGCCUUGUCUAUCUUCCGUGAGAACCGUCUUGUGGCCAACCCGCAAGAAUCUUCCAAGCUGCUCAAGCAGAUGAUGGCUCCUGAACUCAAGUUUUUCCGCCGCAGUGUUGGUGCUCUUCUUGUCUUGGUCUUCGUCACCGCCAUGUCUGGAGGUCUUGUCGCUGGUCUGGAUGCUGGUCUUAUCUACAACGAGUUCCCAUACAUGGGCCUCGGCUUGACACCACCCAAGAAAGAGCUGUUCGAUACCUUCUACAGCCACGUUACUGACCACUCUGAUCUUUGGUGGCGCAACGUUCUCGAGAACCCCUCGCUUGUCCAGCUUGACCACCGUAUCUUGGCAACCACCACCUUCACCGCUGUCAUGGCUCUCUGGGCCUACACUCGCUUCAACCCUCGUGUCCGCGCUUUUAUGACUCCUGGCGCAAAGAAGGGUAUGCGCGGUGUCGUCCACCUGGUUUGGCUGCAGGUCGCCCUCGGCAUUUCCACCUUGCUAUACAUGGUUCCCAUCCCUCUGGCUUCUGCCCAUCAGGCAGGCGCUCUGGCUCUAUUGACGGGAACAAUGGCUCUCGGCAGCCGAGUCUGGUUUCCUAAGCGUGCUGCUAAGCUAGUCGCUCAAAGACUUGCUGCAGGAGUCCCCUCUCCUUCGGCCGUUGGCAAGAGAGGCCCUGAUGCCAUGCUCGCUGCCCGCACAGGUUUGCCUGCUCGCUCGUAA